AAUCACACUUUCUUUCUUUUCUCCUUUUUAAUGUACUCAUUGGUUUCGUCUUAUAUAUUAGAGAAAUUGUAAUUAAUGUCAAUUUAUAGGUGGAGAAAAUGACAACACCAACAUAUACGCUUUUAUCCAUACGAUCAUGCAUGUUCUUACUAUGUUUCAGCAUUGGCUUUGGUCGCAAAAACCUACAAGACAAGCUCGGUGACACUAAAUUUGUGCCUGUACCUGUUGAAGCAACCGAGCUUAGAGCCGCUUUGGUUACUAAUUCCGAAGCUAGAGACAUUUCAAGUACUAUUGGUUUGGGAGAGGUUGAAAGUCAAGAAAUGCAUCACAUUUACAUAGGAACAGGUAAAGAUUCGAGUCUCGGAAAUAAACAAGACAAUAUAAACUCUGCGCCUACAAAGACUAUUAGGGGUACCGUUUCCAUCAAAUUCUCAUUUCCUAUCAUCAAGAUUCGAAUUCCUAUUCCAAAUCCAAAUUUUACGGUGGCUACGGAAAACCAACUCAUUGAAGAAGAGAUUAAAGGUAUUGUCAUAAGUCCAACGAAGACU